AUGUCUUCCAAAGCUCCACCCACUACAGAGCCUUCUAUCACCUACAGAAUUGCUGAAAUCAUUGAGCUCGGAAACCAAAUCAACCACCUCCGCCACAGAAAGAAUUCCAACGCCGCCGAAAGAAACUAUAUCUUCAAGGAACUCUGCGGAUCCAUAGAUCAGGGUCAAGUUACCUCAGCACCGCGCUUGUCCAAUCUCAUUGACCGUCUGUUUCCAAAUCGUACUGAAGAGAUGGAGUUGAACACCACCGACGACUUAUUGCGUGUUCUUCCAAAGAUUGAGAGAAUGGUCCAGGUCUAUGACAAGUGUAUCCAUGGGGCGGCCGACAAGAUCGAGGAAAUCCGUGAGAGGGUCUUAGAGCUUCUGAACCUCCAGAUGACCGAUACUAGGAGGAACCUGUAG